CGCUGGGCGCCCCCCGCCGCUGAGGAUGAGUCACUGCAGCAGCCGCGCCCUGACCCUGCUGAGCAGCGUGUUUGGUGCGUGUGGCCUGCUGCUCGUGGGCAUCGCGGUCAGCACUGAUUACUGGCUGUACAUGGAGGAGGGGACGGUGCUACCACAGAACCAGACCACGGAGGUCAAGAUGGCCCUGCAUGCCGGCCUCUGGCGGGUCUGCUUCUUCGCAGUUAGGGGCCAUGGGAAAGUGCCACGCCCCCAGAGUCUCCCCUCACCCCCUGUCUCUCCCUUUACGCUUCUCUCAGAGACGGUGCGCACGGCCACCCCCUUCCCCAUGGUCAGUCUCUUCCUAGUGUUCACGGCCUUCGUCAUCAGUAACAUUGGCCACAUCCGCCCACAGAGGACCAUUCUGGCCUUCGUUUCUGGCAUCUUCUUCAUCCUAUCCGGCCUCUCCUUGGUGGUGGGCUUGGUUCUUUACAUUUCCAGCAUCAACGACGAGGUCAUGAACCGGCCCAGCAGCUCUGAGCAGUAUUUCCACUAUCGCUACGGGUGGUCUUUUGCCUUCGCUGCUUCCUCCUUCCUACUCAAAGAGGGUGCCGGCGUGAUGUCCGUGUACUUGUUCACCAAGCGCUACGCGGAGGAGGAGAUGUACCGUCCACACCCGGCCUUCUACCGCCCGCGACUCAGCGACUGCUCGGACUACUCCGGCCAGUUUCUGCAGCCCGAGGCGUGGCGCCGCGGCCGCAGCCCCUCCGACAUCUCCAGCGACGUCUCCAUCCAGAUGACUCAGAACUACCCUCCCGCCAUCAAGUACCCGGACCACCUGCACAUCUCCACCUCGCCGUGCUGAGGCCUGCCCCUCGGAGCCCCCUCUCCUCCUCUUUCCUCCUCCUCCUCCUCCUCCUCUGGGGUCUCCCGACCCCACAGCUCCGCACCCUCCCUCCGGACUUCGGGAUGCGUUCCGGAGGACUGCGCGCACGCUUCUUCCGCGUCCGCUUCCCGGUAGCCCCGCCCCGCCGCCCUAGCCCCGCCCAUUUCCAAGGGCUCCUCCCCCUUUUGGUCCCGUUACUUGAAGAUGGUUUCCCCUGGUGGCCCCGCCCCAUCGUCCUAGCCCCUCCUAUUUUCCAAGGGCUCCUCCCCUUUCGGUUCUGUCCACUUGCAGAUGGCCCCGCCCCUCUCCCUGAGGCCCGCCUCCUUUUCGGGCCCCGCCCCUUUCCUGCAGUCUCCUCCCCUCAGGUCUCCGGGCCGGGCGCCUCCUAGCGCGCGGGCUCCGAGGUGCCCAGCGCCCACCCACCCUGAGCCCAGCCACCCGCCGCCGCCUCGCCGCAGGGGCGCCGGGCUGGAGAGUGGGCUCGGCAGCCGCCUGGAAUGUCAGCCAUUCUCUUCUCCCCUGGGCCCCCGGCUUCUCUCCUUGCCGGCCCACUCUCACCUCCGGACCCUCCGGGGUCCUCGGGUGCGGCGGGGGCCUUCCUGCUGCGGCUGCGGGUGGAGUGGGACGCUGGAGGCCACGGCGUGGCUAACCCGGUGUCCCGCCCCCCACGGUUCUCCGCUCCCCUAGGGAGCCCCCUUCCUCACCCGCUGGGCUCUUCUUGGCUUCCGGAAGGUCGCCUGCCUUUUAGGGGGCGCCGUCUAACGGAUCUCCUUGCUUUCUCAGCUGCCUUUGGCUUCUUUUUCUUCCGCCUCUUCUUCAAACUGUCUCCCUCCUUUCUGCCCGCUCAUCCAAAGCCCCUAGGUGCAUCUAGCCCCGCACACCACAGGACAGGGAUGGAGACCCUAGGGUUCGAGGGAAUUCCUCCGUGCCAUUUCCACACCUGUGCCCGCCUCUUCCCCCUCGAGACCCCGUCGGGGGAGGGAGAGGCAGUAGCGGGGGUCGAAACCCCCCAAACCUCGAAGUCUUCCAUUUUCUGGCACUCCCCUCUCAUUGAAGUCCCCCUUCCUAUCUCAGACCCCCCAACUCUGGCCUCUUUCAAGGGUCCGUCCGCCCCCUUAGACAGAUUUGGGGGGAAGGUCACCAGAAACUCGCCCUCCCCCCUUAUUGGGGGAGAACGGGUGAGGUAGCACAGUGUUGUACACGGAACCAGAAGGGCCCCCGGGGUGGGGGGAG